GUCACAAACCUCCAGUCCAGCAGCAGCAACAACAACAACAUCAUCCUCGUGGAGGUUGUGACUAAAACCCUCAAGAACUUUUACUGUGGUGCUCCAGAAGACACAGAAGAAUUUGUAAUUGAACUUGUAGCGCGAAGAAACAGAAUCUGUUUAUUUUAGGAUGCCAGCUUAUAAGAAGGAUGGUUAUGGUGAUGACCGAGGUGGUGUUCGUUACAGGGGACGAGGCCGUGGUGGGUUUGGCCGGGGAGGACGAGAGAGUGGUGGUGGUGGGCGAGGCUAUGGACGUGGUGGAGGCAGUUAUGACCGUGAUAGAUACAAGUGGAACGACAGAGGAGGCAGACAUGAAGGAUCUGGAGGUUACAGAGACAGAGGCUAUGGCCAGAACAGGUUCCGAGAUGGACCAGGGGGUAGAAAUCAGGGCGGCAGCUGGAACAGAGGGUCUGGCUCAGGCAGUGGCCACAUGGAUCGAGGUAGAGCUUCAGACUUCUACAAUCCUCUUAGUCAACUGAGAGGCAAGGAGAGUGAAAUUGCCAUGAGCAUUGUGAAUGCAGUCCUGGCCUCAUCGCAGAAUUCAUCUGGAGGCAUUGGUCGCAGCAACUGGUAUGAUGGUUCUCCUAGGAAGAUGAGACACAUGGACUGGGAUGGGGUGCGAUCACCACCCAUGCACAAGUAUAACCAGCGUGACUUUCGCAUAGUGAAGGGCUACAGGGGCAGCAGUGGCUAUGCUAAGGCUCCUAUGGAUUAUCGAAAGAUGUCAAAAUCCCAGUUAAGAAAGAUUGAAAUGGCCCGGCUAGAAAUGCCUCAACCUGAAAAAAAGGAGAGCAAAGACAGUGAGAAAAAAGUUUCAGCAACAGAAGUAAAAGAAGGGGAGCAGGAGAGGGCCUCAGCUGAAGAGAGCGGUCCUCCUGCUGAUGCUGACAGGAAACAGAGUGACUCUGCUGAUGCAUCUGAAAAGGAAGUGGAUGCAGAUGAUGCUGAGAUGAAAGAUGUAGAGUUAGAAGACAAAGAGGAGAUCAGACAAGAAGAGGGGCAGCAGCUCGAAGAGGAAGAAGGGCAGCAGAUCAAGCAGGAAGAGAAGCAGCAGAUCAAUGAAGAGAAGCAGCAGGUUAAACAGGAGAGGCAACAUACCAAGCAAGAGAACAGCAAAACACUGAGUCAGGAAGAUGAGGGUCAGGAAGACACCAGUGUCAUCAUUCCUCGAGCAACUCUGAUGUGCCACAUGUGUGAUAUGACUAAAUUUCCAAAUACUAAGGCAUACCUGAGUCAUCUGGAAAGCAAAAACCACGAGAUGAUGGCUCGUACGUUCCACAACCGCAAUGGUGCCCUUGUUGAUGUGUUGAUGGCCGAUUCCAGGUUGGUAUGCAUGAGGAUGCCCAAGAAGAGGUCUGGUUAUAGUCACUGCCCAGCAUGUCACUUUCCUACGAACACCAGUAUCCAGGAGCACUUCCAGACCACCGAACACACGCUGGUGAGUCAAUUCUCGAGGGUCAGGUGCUGCAGCAAUAGGUACAAUCGAAUGAUCCUGGAGGAACACCGCCUUUCCUUACGUCACCUGAAGAACCAGUGGGACAUAGAGCAGGAGACCCAGAAGAAAAUUCAGAAGGAAGAAGAGAAAGAGAGAGAGAGAUUAGAAAGUGAUGCAUCAUUCCACAAAGAGGUUUACAGUCUCAAGACGUCAAACAACUGCGAGGAGGAGCUGACGCCAGCCACUUUACCCCCAUAUGAUCCUGAUAAAUUUAUAGGUUUGAACUAUCUUUACAAAGAAAAACUGUAUCGCUGUGAUCUGUGCCGAAGCGAAUUACGAAAUCCCAAGCACACAGAGUACCACUUCCGCUCUAUUGAUCACUACUACAACCUGUGUCGACAUCUCACCGAAGAGGAGGAAAAGAAAGAACUGGAAAGAAAGAAAUUAGAAGUAACUAACAAGGAGCAAGAAGAAUUGAAGACCAGAGAAAAUAAUGGUGACGAAAAUGAUAGCUGUGAGGACAUGAACAACAUGGAGACUGUGGACGAGGCUCUGGAAGAUGCUGACAUGGAUGCUCAAGCUGGUGGUUCCCAUGCACAAGUCUCUGCUGAUGACAAAAAUGAAGGUGCUUCAUCAUCAGCAGACACUACUAGAGGCUUGGAGAGAAGUUCAGAUAAUCAAAAGCAGUUGCAGCAGGAGAAUGAAGAGGAGCAGUGUGCAGGAAGUGGAAACAAUCAGGAGGAAGCAGAUGAUGGAGAAGACAUGGUUCUUCAUACAAAAACUGAUGUAGGUGAUGAUGAAGAGGUCAUGGAUGAAGAAGGUUUGGACUAUGAACCUGGUGUUGGAGUCUAGUAGGAGGAUACCAUUAAGGCUGAAGGUUUAGACUGUGAACAAGGAGUCAGAAUCUAGUAGGAGGGUACUAGUGGAACUUGAUGAAAUGAUUGUCUUCAACAGUGAGAGAGAGCCAUGCAGUGUUCUUAUAUCUUCCUUCAUCAUUGUCUAGAUUGUGCUGCAAUGCACUGCUGUUCUUAACAACAAGCACCAUUGUAUAUUUUACUCAAACUUGAACCUUUCCUAACUGAACUGGGUAUAAUAAAUGCAAUAACCUAUCAUACAUUGAUAAAUUAGAGAGAGAGAGAGAGAUGGCUUUUUUUGUGAAGGCUUUGGACAAUAGUGUUAGUAUAGCAUGUCAUAGAUUUUUCCCUUCUUAGCAGGCCCAGCAUCCAUUAUGAGUUACCUUCUCAACUACAACAUCUCUUGAGACAACUCAGUGACUUCACAAACCUGAGUGAAUUUAAAUUGUGUUGAAUUUUUCAGCUGGUAAAGUUUUCUGCAGUGUGAGUCUUAAGAAAUGCUGUAUUAACAUCUCAUCAGUGAAAUUUAGUGAAUUUAUUUAUUUUAUAAUUUUACUAGAAGAAUAUAUGCUUAUUUUAAUUUUGUUAUGAAUGUGAUUUAUAAAAUCAUGUGUAAGUGAUUUUGUUAAUCCAGGCAGUUAAUUACAAAAGUUAAUUUUUAUUGAUUUUUAUUUUUCAGCAGAAUGCAUUUUUGUUUACUAAGCGGAAGAUGAAAAACCUCGUAUAGCCGUACUUCCAUAUUUGUUUAGAAUUCAAUGUAUAUUUUCUCUUUGUGAAAUUUUCAUGAUUAUCCAUAACUAAGCACCACCUUUGAUUCACGAUACUGUAUGUGGAUGCUCAUAAAGUGUUUUCACCUUUCCUAUCUUCAUUAUUAUUUUCUCUCUUGUGUGGAACGAACGGUAAUUAUUGUGUCAGAGGGCAUCAUUUGUUCUCUUAUAUGAUGUGGAACAAAUAGUAAUUAUGUUUGAGGAACAUUAUCUUGCACUCAGUGGUAAAUUCUGUAGCACAGAUAUCCACAUAAGAGUACAAAGAUGUUUCCUUCACUGUUACUUGUAAGUACAGUACUGUGAAAGUCUUAGAACUUAAUACAAUUUAAUCCGAAUAACAAAGAAUGAGUGUUAAUAUUUUCAGUUCAAGAUGAAUGCAGGCCAAAUAUGUAUUUAAAAAUUAAAAGUGAAUGACAGGUGCACAAAGCUCCAAAAGAAAUCAAAAUAUUUUAUCCUAAGUAAAACUGUCCAUGUAUCUUAGGUUGACAUCAGUAAUGUUGUCUCUUGCAGCUUUAAUAGGAGAGCAGCCUCUAGAAUACGUAAGCCUAUUUAGUGUGGGGCUAUAGUCUGACUGUGUCACCCAACAAUAACCCCACUAUGAUCAAGUCGCUGCGUGGAAUGCAACUUUCAACUCUUGAUAUUACCAUGUAGCCAUUGAAAGAAAUCCAGUAGUAUCCUCAGUCAUAAGGAUAACAAUAUAGGUGUUUUGCUUUAUUUAGUAGAUGUGUUUCAGGCCCAUGGCAGCUGUUUUGCACUCGGUCAGGUCAUCAACACUUAAUUCCGCAUAAUAAGAAUCUACGUAUAUGUUUUGUGACCCCACACUGAUUGCAUAAGGCAAAUGUGCAUCACACACAAGGAACUGCCUAUAGUAAUAGAACAUCACAUAUAGCGAAUACACAUAAAGUAAUGAAACCUGCAUGUUUAACAUGCUUGAGACAGUAAUCUUGAAUUUUAAUGUAAAGUGUUUCAAAAGGAUAGGAAGCUAGUUCAUGAAAGGAGAUUAUAAUCAAUCUAUUUUGCAAAAUCUUGAAAUAAAUGUGGGGCAAAACCCAAGUCACUGUUCUCUACAUGUGUGGAUAUGUAAAUCUAAAUGGUUAGAUUGUCACCACUUUUUUUUUUAUUAUGUUUUAGAAAUGCUAAUGAUUGUGCUUCCUGCUCAACGUAUGUUAGUUCUGUGAUUGAAAUAUAAAUCUUGUCAUUUUCCAAUAAAAUUCAGGGGACCUUUUGAACCAAACAUAUUAAAUAUGCACUGAAAAUAUAUGGACAACAGUAGCUGGGGAGUAUACUACGUAUACAGUAUUUAAUAAAGAAUUUUUGAAAGUAAGGAUGUUGAUUCUAAAGGUUUUUGUUUCAGCUAAAUAUUCCCUUAUUUUAUGUAAUAAAUGUUUAUCAUAUAUCACAGAAUAGUAAAGAUUGCAACAUAUACUGUCAACUACUGAAGACUUAAGACUCAUUACAUGUUCUGAUGUUCCUAUUGUAUUUAGUAUUUUUGUCAGUGAUUUGCUUCAUUUUUCUGAAGUGCACAAGUUAUUUUUGCUGUCAAGACCCCAUAGUUGACAUUAUAUUCAUAGUUGACAUUAUAUUCAUGGGGAAACGCUAAGCCUAUUAAGUUUAUGCAGCUCCUGGGGAAUGGAGGUAAUCAAUUUGAUGUGAGGAAUGGGAAGGCAGCUCCCAUUCCAUAGAUCAAGAACCCUUCACUAGCAUCAAGGUGCCUCUAAAUAGUAGUUGACAGAGUUCAUGUUUUACCAUAUCUUAAUUUUCAUGUGUAAAUCAGUUAUGAGAAAGCUUAGCAUCACAGCCAAAGGUGAUUAUCAGUUGUAAGAAACCGAACAUCACAGCUGGCAGGAGAUCUGGCUAGUAAAUGUACGAUCACGUACAUUGAAAAUUUUUUCCAGGCAGAUUUGUAUUUGUUAUGUUUCAACUCGAGGAUUGUGAUAGUUAACCCUUGUGCCUAGAUGUAAACAGGAAUCUCACUGGUUGCUGUACAUAAUUAAGCUGCAGCAAUGACACUUGAAGACUAUGCUUGUUAUAACUUAUAACUGUCUUCUGCAAACGUGGGUUUAGCAAGUGUCGUUGAAUGUGGUACUGUAAUUUAUUAUAAGUGAUCGAGGUCUUUUUUAAAUUUACUCAUUUUCUGAACUCCUUUUAUGAAAAAUAAAUAAGACAAAUUUU